AAGCAGAAUGAAAAGUCCGUGACCCCUCGACAAUGCGAUACUCGCGACAGUGAUUACCGACUUGACUAUUCUGUUCGGUGUACCGAAGUGGAUUGUAUGCGCAAUCAUCGGCCGUAAAAUCCUUAACUAUUAAUUCGCAUUUUCGUGUAGUUUUUGAUCGCAGUAUCGCCAGUGGAGAAGAAUCAUGGCCGGUCGUAAAGCAAUUAAGAAUAUAAAUUGGACGGCCCUCCUCGAGCGCGUUCCAGAACACGAAAAGAUGAACUUCUCUUUAUUUAAAGCAAAAUCGGAAAAAUAUUUCAGAAGUCUCGAAGACUACCCCGAAGAGCUGCCAAAGAUCAACUGGGAGCUUUAUAAAAAAAAAAUUAGCGUUCCAGGUCUUGUUGAAAAAUUCCAAAAAGAAUAUGAAAGCUUAAAAGUUGCCUAUCCAGAAGACAAAUAUACUUCUAAAAUUGUCGAAGAAGAAAAGAAAGUUUUUUCAAUGCAGGAUACAUUGAUUAAACAAUUCAUCGACCAAUCGAAUAAGCGCAUCGAAGACAAUUUAAAUGAAAUAAAAACAUUGGAAAACAUGAUGAAGUACGGGGACAUGACUAUGGAAGAUUUUAAAGACAUGCAUCCAGAUCUUGCGUUCGACCCCAAACAUCCGACAAUCUUCCCUCACGAGAAGGAUUACCAACCCGACGAGGAGACGGAUAAACAGCUAGCCAAGUAUUAAACGA